AUGAUUCCACAAAGACAGAGGAAGCUAUCGAUAGGUGGUCGCAGACUGAUCCUCUUGCUGUUGGCGGUCCUGAUCUACGUCGUUCUUUACCAUCUCCCACCUCCGCCAAAGACCAAGAACAAUACCAGUUCAAAUAGAAAGGCCCCAAAAUAUGAUCUGGACACUACUCCGCGAUUCCUGCAUCUCUCGUCCUUUCGUGAGGCCCCUGAUCCAGAUUAUGAGAAAAGGGUAUCGGAUGCACUGCUAGAAAUAGAAAGAAAAGCCCUACGCGAGAGCAAUUGGGAAACCUCUACCGAAGACCGAAUCUGGCAAGUUGCGCUCGGUAAAUACAUUGAGCGAGAAUCGGAUUCAUUAAAUUUCGAGCAAGAAAAUAAUGGAUGGAAGUAUUCACUGGUGGAUGACAAAAAAGCAUCCAAAUUCAUUACCGAGAUCUUCUCGAGCGUGCCAGAUCUCAAGAAGUUGUAUGAUUCUUACCCAUACCAUGUGAUACGUUCGGACCUGAUCCGAUAUCUUAUUCUGUGGUACUAUGGUGGCUUCUACGCAGACAUGGAUGUUUAUCCUGCCCGCUCCAUCAAGGAAUGCCCGGCAUUAGAGCCUCUCUGGGAAGAUGGCUCCAAAAGCCUUAAUGUCUCCCUUGUUGUAGGCAUUGAAAUCGACGAGCCACAUGCCUCCCCGCGCCUCAUGCGUGAGUGGCGCUGGAUUAGACGAUACCAAUUGAUUCAGUACACUAUGUACGCGCCGCGACGCUUUAGUCCAAUACUCCGAGAGGUGAUUGUUCGAGUCAUGGCUCACACAAGACGACACAUCAACCAGAGCAACUUCCUGCGUGGGCCACACUACAAGGAGAACACGAUUCUGGAGGUCACAGGACCUGGAGUAUUUACCGAUGCAGUCCUAGAUGUACUAUCUCAGACGCUGCCGCCGACUCACAACUUGGUAGAAUCGUCAGUGAACGCGGAUGCUGACAUUGGGGAUCUCGUUUCGCCGUCUACCGGAGUGACCCAAAGGCGGGUGACGUGGGCCCCGUUCAACAGAAUCAAAGAGCCGGUCUGUGUGGACGCAUCGGAGGCCAUGGAUGGAAAGUCCAUGGGGGGCGUCUGCGUCUUACCUGUGAAUGUAUGGGGAAAUGGACAAAGACACAGUGGUGCCGAGGGGUUCAGCAGUAAACAUGCAUGUAUCAACCAUCGCUUUGGGAGAACCUGGAGGAAGGGCUGGAUGGAAUACUUCUUUGGGUAA